AUGAUCCAAUUUGUCCAUUACCUCAUGGAGAAGCCUCCAUCCCUGGGAAAAGCUGCUGUGACUCUCUUGAAGCCUACACUGGCCAUAUUUUGGCACUGGACUAGGGUUACGCUGGUUCCUCCAAUUUCUACUGAGAUCUAUGAAUAUUUAGACCUGUAAAAAAUAGUCACUAGUGCUCAAACUGGCAGCUUCAAACAGUUCACAGUUAAGGAAGCUGUGCUGACUGGUUUGGUGGCCUCUGAGGUAUGGAUGUGGUUUUAUGUUGGCAAGAUCAUAGGCAUUCUUGGCAUCAUUGGCUAUAAUGUUUGAAGCCCAAUCAUGAACAUCUGAUUAUACAUGAUUUAUUAUUUGAGUGUUCUUGAACCGGGUGUGACCAGACCACUAUUUGA